AUGGAGGCUACGAUCUCGGCUGACAAUGUCAAGACUCUGCAAAACUGCCUCAGCUGCCUCUCCAAGAUCAAUGACUCGAUCAACUGGCAGGCCAAUGCUCCUCAUCCUCAGCAGUCGCAGUCAAGCACGCACAGCUCGCGUGGAUCUUUUGUUCGGAUCUCGGCCAUCAAUGCCGGCUUCUCCGGUAUCUGCGCCAUAGACCUCGAUGAAGCAUUCUUCGACUCAAUCCGUGUACGCCACCCACAAGGUCAAGUCACCUGCGAGAUCAAGGUAAAGCCUUUGCUCACAAGUCUCAAAGUGGCCACCUCUGGUGGCGGCGGCGGCUUGAACCUCACCGACCGCCGCAAGCUUGAACGCUGCCAGAUUAGCAUCAUCGAUGCAGGCGCUGAAUGCCGCAUCGUGGUGCGAGUUCACUACACGCAGGGGGUCGUCAGAACGCAGAAACUGACCUACGAGCAGAAGGCUGCGCAAUUCCCAUCGGACAGGCCCGGCGAUGGGUCCUUCGUUGCUGUGCAUCCUCAGAUGGCUUUGACCUGGUUGCACCACUUCUCCGCCAUCAGGGGAGCAGAAGUGACAAUAUGGGCCCACGAAGACAACUGCAGCGUCCGAAGCAAGAGCGAUGAGUACGCUCCUAGGGAUGGCACCCGCAAAGCCCGCAUGACACAAGUAACUCCCGUCCUAGAAGACUUCGCCGUAUAUCAAGUCAAGCGUGAGGCGUACAUCACGUUCAAUCUCAAGGAAUUUCGUGCAAUUGCUCAGCUUGCCGAGGCCAUGAACGAGGUGCUCGAGCUUCGCUUCACGACAGACACUUACCCGCUCUUCAUCAACGUCGCGUCCUCCUCCGACUCCAUCUAUGCUAACUCGUCGACGCAGUCCAUCCCGUCCGUCAGAUGCGAGAUGGUACUUGCUACUUCGCCGGCACCGCAGAGAGGGAUGGUCGAGGCUGAAACUUCUGCACCGGCUGCGCAAUCGUACAGCAAUGGGCCAAGGGAACUCACGCCGCAAGCACAGGACGCGGCAAAUGAAGUUUCACGAAGUAAAGACGCAGCAGUGGAUGCAGUCCCUCUCGACGAGGGUGCAGACUUCAAUGGUGGUCCCAACUCUCAGCCUCCACCAAGCGCAGGCGCAGAUCUCCAACCGCCGCACGAGUCAACACCACGAGCAGUAUCAGCAUCAGCGACCGCUGCCCCACUGCGACACCGGGCCUCCUCCCCCCCUCCUCGCCUUCAUGCCAGCGUCCCAGCCCCUCUGCCUUCGCAAGAGGACACAAAUAACGGUCUCUUUCUUGGCGGAGCUUUGCCUAGCACUCAGGAGCAGGGUGUCUGCGGAGCCGGAGAAAGCAGCAGAGCCAUGCCGCCUCCCCCUCUCCGGGCAGGUACGCAGCAGCACCGCGCCGCUCGCUCUGAAGCAGCCAUCCAGCGCCUUACAAACGUGCAUCACAGUCGUCGCGAGAUCGAUUGGGAGACGCAGUCACAGCUUGGUGGAUCGAGUCGUACGGGCACCAGAGCGGGGCAAGAGCGAGAGAGAAGAGAGGAGCAGCAAGGGCAUGACGAGACAGAGGACUUCGACUACGGCGGCGUCCUUGAUGAGGUCGAGGGUGGCACCGAGAAUGGUCACAUCCAAGUGCAUGGCUCGCAUCGUCAAGAGCAGGAGGAGGAGGACGCCUCGCGCACAGUCGACGAGACUAAUAGGCAACCCAGCGCUCCAAUCCAGAUUGAGGAGAGAGAUGACCCCGGCAGCUAUGAGCAGAGGGAACAAGAGGCAGACGAGUUCCUUCCUGGCAGCGCUGAUGAGCUAGAAGAGGAGCUGCCCGCCACGCAGCCGUCGGCGCCGGCGCCGCAACCGCAGCCACAACUAAGGUCCACGGCUACCUCGCAGAGGGCCAGUGGAAUGACUGGUGGAACUGCAGAAUCUGGAGGCGCCAAGAGAAAGGGCCAGGCCGCCGCAAGCUCGUCAGGUGAUGAAGAAGAAUCACAACAGCAGCAAGGCGGUGGAGGGGAGAAGAGGUUCAAGCCUAUGUUCGGGUGA